GUCAAAUGUGACGUCAUCAAAUCAAAAUAUUGAUGUCAAUAAAAAUUGUUAUAAAAACCUCAAAUAAUAAUAUACAUUUUUAUAUUAAAAGCAAAAUGUGAAUAACUCGUAAAUUAGCAACUGUGCAUUUUCACAUUCAUUCGGUCUAAACUACAUCCUUUUCUGUUUUGUGACUAUGGAUAUAUUUGGUGUUUUAUUCUUGGUCUGUAUUUCAGUAUUAUUUGGAGUUAUUUUAACUUUAGCUGUGCAAUACUACAUUUUGUAUGUUUAUCUAAAAAAGGAGCCAGUUGCUAAACCUAGUCAGAGACCAAACUCCAUUGAAUAUAAGCUACCAGAGGAUAUAAAAAAGCAGCUGGAUACCAGCACACUGACAGAAAAAGGAAAAAAUAGUAGUCUACCUAUAAGCCUAGUAUUACAGUUUUUAUUUCAUGAGUUACGGCACUCAGAAUAUAUCAAAAGAUGGCUUUACAAGAAGCUUAGCUUAGAGUUUGAUGAACUCCUUACAAAAACCACCAUAGGAAAAUUUUUUGAUUCAAUAAAUAUUAAAGACAUGCACUUAGGAACUGAAUUCCCAGAUAUAAAAGAUAUAUCUGUGGAUAAUGUAAAGCUAGAUAAAAAAGAAGGUUAUAUAGAAACCGUAAGCUUAUGUUUAGACCUAGAAUAUACAGGAAAUUUUAUGCUCAGUAUAGAUGCAAAGAUGAAGUUUGGAAAAGCUGCUUAUCUUUCUAUAAAAGUGAAGCGUAUCAGUGGUCAAGCAAGGCUACAGUUCUCCAGGCAACCCUAUACCCAUUGGUCUUUCAGCUUUUACACAGAUCCUUUAUUAGAAUUAGCUGUGGAGUCUCACUUCCAAGGAAGACAGCUGCAGUCAAAUAUCACCAAUUUGAUUGUUAAUCAGAUAAAAAAGGCCAUCAAAAGAAAGCAUACAUUGCCAAAUUAUAAAAUAAGAUAUAAGCCAUUCUUUGUGAAAACUGACCCUAGUCAGUUGGACAUAGAGGAUAAUGAGAUAGUUCCUCAAGGACAACUUGAAGUGACCUGUGUCGAGAUAACAAGAUUGUCUUUGCCAUCAAAUGUGCAAUGUGUAUAUUGUACACUGACUGUAGAUACUAUUCCAUGGAUAUCUCUCUACCAGAAAGAUGACGGUGUGUACAUGACCUUAGAAGUAACAAUGACAAAAUUGAGACAAGCUCAAUUGGGUGUGAUAUUUAGGCAGGAGCAAGGGAUGGUGCUAAUCGACAGCGUUUCCCCGCAUAGCCCUGCGUUCAAGUCUGGAUUGAGGCCUAAUGAUAUUGUACUAGCUGUAGAAAAUCGAACCGUGCAGACUGUGCCUCAAGUAGCUAAGUUUAUUAAGGCUAUUUCUGGGGCUAACAUUACUUUGAGGGUUGAAAGACUGGUUGACAACUAUCUGUUGAAAUUUAAACAAGUAGAUGAGUGCGUUGAGGCAAAACCUUCAUGCCCUACACCAGAAGUAACUGAAGAGCCAGAUUUGACUCAAACAGAACAAGAUAGCUUUGUUGUGGUAGAAGCUCCAAAAGACAGGAAGCGCGUACAGAAAAUAAUGCCGUCCAAUGAGAAUAUGGCAAAAAUUGCUCAGACGAUCGGUAGUUUCGGACUUCGAAAAAGGAAACCCUCAUUGUCAGAUACUGGAAGUGCUAGGAAUACACCAUCUUCUAGCAAUCCAGGAACACCACAACAUACUUCCAUGAAACAUAAUACUAUGCAGAUACCUUCAAUGGCGAAAAAAGGAUCGAUAUGUGAACUACCGGAGAUUGUAAGGACGGAUUUAGAUAGUGGAAAUCACGAACUAUUUUCAUUCACUGAGGUGCAUAAGAGCAAAGAGCUACCAGUAUCAUCUGUCUUGGAAUUUAAUGACGACUUCACGUUUCCAUUGAAAGAAACCUCAAAGUAUUUAAACAUCAAUGUAUGGGCAUCGUUUUCUGACGAUAAAGAUCUUCUUUUAGGGUAUACCAACAUACCGAUGAGCCACAUACUGAGUGAAUGUUGUAAUAGCUUCCUAGGUCACUAUAUGAGAUGUUAUUCAUUUCUACCGCCAAAUAAUGUAGUUCCCACCAACCAAACUCAUCCAUUGCUCUCACAUUCAGGCUUCGAACAUGUAUUUUGUUAUGGAGAUAUUCUGUUGUCAUUUGUAUGGACGCAUGAGGAAGACAUCGAGUUAAAGAGGAAGAUAUGUGUUAGUUUGGAUAGCAAUGUAAGCAAAAUUGAGGAUAAUGGAAGUGGACAACAUGAUUUUAUCAGGACCCAGUUUCAUAGAACAACACACUGUGAUUUUUGUACAAAGAAGAUAUGGCUGAAGGACGCCGUGCAAUGUCGACUAUGCGGCAUGUGCUGUCACAAGAAGUGCAUCGUCAAGUGCCAAACGGCACCGGCUGCAACCCGAACUACAAGGGCGAAGUGUCGGUGUCUGACGUCAUCCUCCACCCGAAAUCACGAUGACGGAAGUGUGCGACGAGCCACAGUCGCCUGCGGAUGGCGCGAAAAACAUGGGAGGUAAUCUCAAGAGGGUGAAUAGUGUCAAUAACUUAGCUAUACCUGGGUCCCAAUUUGUAGCUAGCACCUCCCGAAGCCUACCGCCCUCCCCUCAAAGGACGCCCAGUAGAAAGCAGAGCCUGAUCCUGAUAAACCCAUUCGGCAUGUGCCCUGAAGUCCUAGAUCUGGUGCAAAGGUACCCCCUUGAGGCUACGGAGAACGUCAACAGACUUUUGGAACAGGUGAUGCAGUGUCCUCCGGAUGAAGGUCUGAUGGAUGCUGCUAAAGAAUCCGGGAGAACAAUGUACGUGAAUAUGCCGCAUGAAGAGAAAGUCGAAAAAAUCAACCUAAUGAUGGGUGAAUUGAAGAAAGCUCUGGACACGGUAACGAUGAAACACAUGGAACUGUCAAAGAAGAUAGCGACUGAAGAGUCUGAAAUGGAAAAAGCAAAGCUGGCUUUUCUCAUGGGGCAGGCAGACGCAGAAGUGCAUGGUCUGUCGGUAUUAAUGUUGCAUUACUGUUCCAGCUUGCAGCAUACCAAGAGAAGAUAGUUUAAAAUUCUAUGUGAUAUGUGGCGGGUAGAUAGAGAAUACAAAAUGUUUUAACUAGCUCUACUGAAAUCACCUGACAUGUUAAUCAGAUACACAGCUUGUUUGGUGGGUCAAACUAGGAAUCACUGAUUUUAAAUUGAAUCAAUUUAGAAGUGUCAUGAUAAACGUACUUUCUUCCUUGGAAGUCACACUACCCUAAGUGGAAAUGAUUUGUUGAAUAAAAUUUGAUUCAGAUAUAAGGUGAGUCCCACCCGCCUCACCAAUCUCCGUCUGUGUCUCAAUUUUUGGCUGGCCCAAUGGUCACUAGACAUGAUCGGCACUUAUGGUGGUUUUAUUAGAGUUUGCUAUAUAAUAAUAGUUUUGGCAAUCACAAAUACCGCAUACGCAAUCGUUGUUGUUGACACGUCAUAAGUUGUCAAGGGGUUACAGGUCAUCAUUAACGUUUACGUAUGUGGUAUUUGUUUUUAACAAAACUCUCUAUUUCCGUUAUUGUUGACCUUAUUUAGGUGCGAUUAUUUUUUCUUGUCUAGCGAACAGUUAUCAAGUAAGAUGUUAAUUUUGUUGUAUUAGCAUUUUGAUUAAGUUGUACAUGAAUAAGAUCAAACCCAGCUCCAAAACCUUUAAAUAUUCAUAACAUUCUGAUUCAAAAUUGUGCAUUAUCUAAUAAUUGUUUCUGCUAGUUUUGCAAUAUCAUGUAUUCCAAGUUUCGACUAUAUUCAAAUUUUUAAAUUGAAUUCCAUUGCUUUAAUUUUUAUUUCUGAAAAUGCUUGCUGACUAGAGCAACAUAAAAAUCGUGUACCGUUUUUUUUUUUAUAAACAGAACCUUUGCAAUACGACGCUCAUAGAAAUAUCUUCAGAUGCAACAGAAACACUCUAUUGUAAUAGAAACAGUUAAUUGUAGUUUGUGGUAAAAUAGUAUUUACUUAAAACUAGACCAAAACAGUAAGUGGAAUAUAGUGAUAUACGAUUCAAAAUGUGCAUUGUGGUUUAUUCAGUUAUGAAGUAUCUAUUUAUAUGGAAAGUCAUCAAAAUUUUACAAAGUUUGUUUUCUUUUUUAUUGAGGAUUUUUAAUACAAUUUGUCUUUGAUUGUGCAUUUAUUUUAUGAAUUGAGAAAGUUAACAAUAUAUCUGCCUACAUAGUUGUUGGAUCAGUGAUGUAAUUAUCAUUGUUAAACAUAGCAUUUAAUUACGAGUAUUAUAUUAUUUUUGCGGCCGCAAAGACGUGUUACUUAUUAUUUUUAAGAUUGCAGGUGCAAGUAUUUUAAUGUUUAGAGUUAAUUUAUUUUACGAUUUAUAAGCUGGUGUGAUUACUAUUUGGAGCAUAAAUGAUUAGUGUAGACUGUAAUUAUCCAUAUAACAAGAAAGAAUAUGUGAACAUUUACAUUUAAAAAAAUUAGAAAUGACAAUCAUUCUUCGGCAUGGUGCGGUGGGGUAACCGUUAAAACGCACUAUAAAGUAUUGAAAGUACAUAUAUGAAAAUGUUUAUAAAAAUAAUUUACACGUAAAAAAACUAAAAACGUAUUUUGAAAUUAAUCUAAAUAAGGCUGUUAAAAUUAUCAAUUGAUGCUGCUGAUGAUCGAUGUUGUGCUCUAAAUAGUAUUUAGACUCAUUUUAUGUUUUAGGAAGUGAAUGUUAUAUGUAAGCGUAAAAAGUAUUGUUGCACACAUUGUAAAGGAAGCAUGUAUAGCAACUAAUUGAACAACAGUAUUAAGUGCGUAGUGAAAAUCAUAACUUAGCAGCUCAUAAAAUGUAGUUAUGGGAAGUCUGCUAUAUCGAGUUGGCGAUAUUAUGUUUGCUCUUCUCUAUUGGCCUCUAUACAUAUCAAAAGUGCCGACAAUAUUGCCAAAGAAGUCUCUUUCCUGCUGAAAUUCUAUUAUUGGAAUAUGCUCUCAUAUAUCCGUAUUCUUUGAUCUCUGUAAUGUAUGUGUCAUAGUCAAAACUUUCUUUGACCAGUCAGAUCGCAUAGCGUCCAACAACAGUUUUGAUUGAAGUUGGAUAUUUUCACGUUUUGAAGCUUUUACUGUUUUUCCUGGAUCCGCACUUGAUAUGUAGACUCAGUCUGCAAGAACAAGCACCAGGAACAAAAAUGAGUCAAGGACAUGCAACUUGUAAUAUUGGAAAUUUAUCUCAGGUCCAACACUCCUCUGAUUGGUCAUACCUGGGUUUGACUAUGCUCAUUCAAAUCUGUUUUACUUCACCUUUUGGAAAUCUAUAUUGUACAAUGCACAUAUUUCCUUGUUCUAGUCAAUUAAAAGAAACCUGCUUGGAACUUACAACUUUAUUUUACGAAUGUGAUAAUUUUCUUAGCUGCCUUUUAAAAGGAACCAUUUUGUUAGUAGAAUUUUAUUAUAUUGAAAUAUUUAUUAA